AUGGAUCCAACAUACACAACCCGGCAGUUCCGUGAAUAUCUCCAGUACAGCUAUCCUCCUGCUACACUGCUUAUCUUUUUUAUUGCUUUUAUUACGAAUUCAAUUCUGAUUGCUAAAGGCUCGCAACAUGGUAGCGUGUUACAGUAUAGUCCCGAGGGAAAGCCCUUUCCCAAGAGGUUGAGGGGCAUGAUAAACAAGAUUGCGGAUGCUCAUAAGCACGAGUUCUCUUCUAGAGCAAGAUAUGCAUUCGUAUGGCUUGUGGUUGGUGUUUUGGUGACUUUUAUGGCGGAUGCUGCUGUCCAUAUCAGUCAUGUUAUUGCAGCCAAGGAGGAGAGCUGGUGGUGCGGGCAGGCGACUGUGAUCUACGUCGUGGGAUCAUUCUUCUCCAACACAGUUAUCUUCCUCUCCCUCCUCGACACACAUCCCGCCCCAACCUUCGCGCAAUUCAUUCCCUGGUCCAUAGCAAUUCCAUUCGAACUCGCCAUAGUCGCAACCUCUCUGUCAAUAUAUACCAACAUACACCAUGAGCCGGCCGUUGGGGAUGCAUUCGGUGGCCCUCUACGGGAAAGAAUCACAAAUUGGGAAUCGCUGGAGGUGAUAUCCGGUGUUGUUCGACUUGUGGUUCUGACUUUCCUGGUCGCUUUGUAUGUGCUGCAAUUUAUUCGCGCGAAUUCGGACGAGGGCUCUCGGGAAGAUAGCCCAAUGGAGCAGAUAGGACUACUCGACUCUUCUGAAACUAAGAUUGGGGCCGAGCAUAGCGAAGGCGAAAUUGGUACUCCCGGAAAACAAACAAUACCGCCGAAUACCUGGUGGCACUACCUCAGCGGUUACUCCGUACUCUUCCCAUACCUAUGGCCGUCCAAAUCUCGUCGCCUCCAGUUCAUCGUCAUAUUCUGCUUCGGCCUCCUAAUCCUCCAACGUAUCGCCAACGUCCUAGUCCCCUACCAAGUUGGCGUAAUCACCGAAGCCCUCUCCAUCGAAGACAACAAACUCCACCUCCCCUGGCUCCAAAUCUGCCUCUACAUAAUCUAUCGCUGGCUCCAGGGCAGCCAGGGCAUUCUCGAGUCCUUGCGCUCAUAUCUCUGGAUUCCCAUUAGUCAAUAUGCAUAUAUGGAAGUGUCGACUGCAUCGUUCGAGCAUGUGCAUUCGCUCAGUCUGGACUUUCACUUGAAUAAGAGGAUUGGGGAGGUGCUUUAUGCAUUGAAUAAGGGAAGUGAUUCUGUGAAUACGUUUCUCGAGCAGGUCACGUUUCAGGUUGUGCCUAUGGUUAUUGAUUUGGGGGUUGCGGUGGGGUAUUUUUUGAUUGCGUUUGGCGUGUAUUAUGGGCUUGUUGUCGCUGUUGUGACGUUUUUCUAUCUUUAUGUUACGGUGCGGAUAGCGCAGUGGAGGGCUGAGAUGCGAAGACAGCAGGUCAAUACUCACAGACAAGAAAAUGCCAUCAAAAACGACUCCCUUUCCUCCUACGAAACAGUAAAACACUUUAACGCCGAACCCCUCGAGCACACUCGCUACCGCACUGCCGUCUCAACCUUCCAAUCCGCCGAAUACCACUCCCUCUACGCGCAAUCCUUCAUGACAGCAGCCCAAAACACAGUCUUUAUCCUCGGCCUGCUACUCACCUGCUUCAUCGCCGCGUACCAGGUCUCCAUCGGGCAACGACCCGUGGGCCAAUUUAUGACGUUGCUUACAUAUAUGGCGCAGCUGCAGACGCCGUUGAGUUACUUUGGGACGUUUUAUCGGUAUAUUCAGACGGCGAUGAUUAACUCAGAGAGGUUGUUAGAGUUGUUGAGGGAGCGGGCGUCGGUUGUUGAUAGGGUAUCUGCUAUACCCAUGGAUAUUUGUCAGGGAUGGAUUACCUUUGAUGAGGUUGGUUUUGCGUAUGACGGGAGGAAACAGAAGAACGCGUUGAACGAAUUAUCGUUCCACUGCGAACCAGGAACGACGACAGCACUAGUCGGUGAGUCUGGAGGCGGGAAAUCGACUAUCUUCCGCCUGCUCUUCCGCUUCUAUAACCCCCAAAACGGCCGGAUCCUAGUCGACAGCCGCGAUGUCCAGGAUAUAACCAUAAGUUCGCUCCGCGAGCACAUCGCCAUAGUCCCCCAGAACACAGCCCUCUUCAACGAAUCCCUUCUCUACAAUUUGCGCUACGCAAACCCCUGCGCCACGGACGAGGACAUUCACAAUGCCUGUCGCGCAGCGUGCAUUCACGAUAAAAUCAUGACUUUCCCAGAAGCCUACGAGACGAAAGUCGGGGAUCGGGGACUGCGGCUCAGUGGUGGGGAGAAGCAGCGGGUUGCGAUUGCGCAGACGAUUUUGAAGAAUCCGCAGAUUAUUCUGUUGGAUGAGGCAACCGCUGCGUUGGAUAGUGAGACGGAGGGACAUGUGCAAGAGGCGUUGGGGAACCUGGCGAGGGGGAGAACGGUAAUUAUGAUUGCGCAUCGGCUGAGCACUGUUACCGAGGCAGAUCAGAUUUUGGUACUGCAUGAGGGGAGGGUUGUAGAGAGGGGAAGACAUCAGGAAUUACUAGAGAUGAAAGGAAGGUAUAUGGGGAUGUGGCGGAGGCAGAGUCAGAGUCAGAGUGCUGGAGGGGAGUUGCGGAAACGUAGUCCACAGCAGGUGUUGCUCUAG